AUGAACUGGAUUUCGAAGAAGUUAAGAGCAGGUGUUCAAGAGAUCAGAGAGCGAACAGGCAAUGGCGGUGAAUGAUUCCAGGGGCUUUGCCAGAUUUUCGACUUGCUGCGGGCCUAUAGCCAAAGAAAGUUAAAUUUUUGUUUCAAAAUUUAUAAGAGUUACAUCAUUUAAGUCAAACGGCGGGGAAAAAUGGUAGGCCUGGGCCUACAGGUCUAUAGACUGGCUACGCCCGCGGAUUCUAAUAUGAGAAAAAAUAGUUUUGAUAGUGCUUUUAGUUUACUGUAUCAAAACUUGCGUGUUAAUUAACUAUUUACCGAAGUGAAGGUGGUUAGUGAUGGAUAUCUACCGAGCUGCGAAGCAGUGAGGUAAAUAUUGACAGUUAGCCACAGGUACUGAGAUUUAUCAGAACCAUUACAAUUUCUUCAAAUGUGAUUGGUGCAUUAGCUGCUUUAUUUAUUACUAAUUAUUGUGUACUGUUGUAAUCAGACAGUGUAAUCAGACAAUUGGCUUUAAUUGGACACCUGUAAUCGGACAGUUGAAGCAGCCAAUCAGACUAAGUACACUCAGCUAAAUCCACCAAUCAUAGAAUUGAUCAUUAUGACCAUAGCAGUAACCACUUAUCCUAAAAAAAGAGGAAAAAAAUGGGGAAUUUAAAAAAUGGAGGAAUAUGUUACUUUAGACAUUGUCUCUACCAGAGAUGUUUGUUUAAGAUUUUUUUUCUGAAAUAGUAACGGUUAUGAUUAAUUGCUAACAGGACUUCGUGUCGUCCAAUUCUGUCUGUAAUCAUACUCGUGAUUAACAAACCAGAUUCUCGCUUCACUAUCGUCCGAAUUUGUUAAUCACUCGUAUGACUCAGACCGAAUUAGACUCGACUUAGUCCUAUUACCAUUAUGAAUGGGUGCUUUAAGUUAUACUUAAACAGUGAUAUUAUGUAGCACAAAAAGAUGGUUUUAGCCCAUUUAUUCCCGCAACGACUACAAUAUUUCAGGCGCAAAUCCCGCGUGUUCACAAUCAUUUACCUACAGUAAAAUAUUUGUGACUCGAAAAUUUUUUUUAAUUCGUAAAAACCCUGAGAUUUCGAUUUUUUCCUGAGUAAAUUGUGCGUGAUACAUAACUGACCAAAUAAUAUAUCGAAGUUCCCCACCAGUGCACUCAACUGUACAGCAACGAACCAACUUCUCUAUGGAAAUAUCAUUAAACAAUCAUAAUUUACAAGCUAUCCAGAUGAUACCCUAAAAUUUGAAAAUGCACAGCUUGGUUUUCCCUUGAGAUCAAAUAUUAAGGAGUUCAUAGAGUUACUUUUAAAGCAAAUCUAAGACAAUAUUCUAUAUGAAUUUAGUCAAACAACAUGCUUCGUGUUUUUGCAGUCACUCGGGUGGAAGAUAUAGGAGCAUUAGUGGAUGAAAAUUUAUUCGAGAGAGACAUUCUGCUUGCCACGAAGAAGCUCGCUUCUUCAUCUAACAUUUCCGAAAGAACACAAGGUGAAAAUCCCAGCCUCUUUUCUUCCAGUUACAUUUGUAUGCGCGAGGUUUCUAGACUGUUUGUUUGUUUGCUUGUUAUUUAUCGCGGUUAGUCUAAGAUUACCAUACUUUUACUUCUUAGACCAGGAAGAGUAAUCAUUUUAAGAAGAAAGAGAUCAACACAUCACUAAUUAAAUCAGUGUAGUGGACUAUGGCAGAUUUAAGGGUGGGUGGGGUGGCUCGGGAGGGUGUGGUCGCAAAAUUGCAGCGACGCAUGUUCAUUACCAUGUAAGUGUAGCCUGGCGAUUUUUUGGUCCAGAAGAGUAACAUUUUUGCGCAAGAAAUUUGAGCAUUUGAAGACACAGAUUUGGCUUUAAUAGGUUGAAAAUCGUAUUUUUCGCUAAAGCUCAAGAAACUUAAUUGGCUCUGGAAAAAUUCAAACUUAACCUAGGGAACAUUCUCCCCAUGCUGUUUUCUGGUAACUGGCUAGAACUCUCGUUUGAACCCCUUACAUAAAAAUCCUUGGUCAGCCCGUUAGAGGUUAUUUCAACAUUAUUAAGUGCGUCGUGAAAAUUGCACAUAAAAAACAGAAGUGCCGUGCAAGGGAGAAGGUAAUAAUAAUAAUAAUAAUAAUAAUUUAUUGACAAUAUUUCUACAUGGUAGCUCUACAUCCGUCAUACUGACAAAAAACUAACGACUUACCUAAUUGAACUAGCGUGAGCGUGAUCUAAGUUCUUUGUUUUAUUUACAGCCGUUAAAGACCUGGGACAUUUGUCUUGGUCAGGUAAGUUCAGUUAUUAUCUAAGUGAUUUCUGUUUAUCAUUAAAAUUCUACAGGUUCCAAGUUACGUCAAAAGAAAUAAAAACAAAAAGGAUAAAACAUAAAACAAAACUUUUACAAAAUUUGCAACCCCUGGUCAAAUCAGAAAAUCUCUAUGCGAGUUACUGAAAUGUCACCUUUUUUUUCCUUUCUUUUUGCCCUUUUCAAAUCACUCGGGUAUCCAUUUACGAGGGAGCGGUCAUUAUUUGUCUCCUGAGGAGAUGGGUCGGACUUAUCCCCACUAAGGCUCUGUGAAAUUCUCAUGUUUUCCCCCUCAUUGGCAGUUAGUUAACAGUCAAUGUUCUAGAGCCCCCCACCCCUUUAUACUCCAUUGGUGACGAGUGCCCCUCCUCCGUUUUCCCUAAAAAUCAUGUGAUCCCCCAAAUCCCCCCCCCCCACCCAUCCACCACGAUAAUAAAUGACUGGUUCCUUUAUAUUAUGGCCUUACUCUGUUUUCUGCAGAAAUUUCACCCAUAUUAAUCAACAAAAUUUGGUUUCCUUUCACUGCAAGUUGGCUUAGUUUUAGAAGAAUACAAAACAAUUAUAAAAUGAAGAAAGAUAAACCAUCAGCGCUCACAAAUUGUUCAAUAUCUGUUCUUCAGGAGGUUCGUCCGCGGCUGCGUUUUCCGGAAACCAAUUCGUCAAUUUACUCAGUCUGUUAAAUAAUCCAAACGAGCCUGCUGCCCUGAAAAUGGUAAGAAAUUUCGCUUAAAUCAUGAUCAAAUAGUCCUUAAUUAUCUUAUUCCCCAGAGGCGAAGCGAAUUUUGAAUGGUAAAUUAUUUUCAUCAAAUCUCAGCUCUACACGCGGUAAAUAUAGGACGUGAUUUUUUCUCUUUUAGGAUACCAUCAUUCUCAUCAGUAAUUCACCUUUUUUAUUACUGAGGUUUCUUCUAUUAUCAUGGAUCCUAAAGUCUCAUGGUACAAAAGCCAAGUAAUAAACAAGAUGAAAGAAAAUUUAAAAUUUUUAAGUGCACAUUCCUUAACUCUGGUAAAACCUAAAUUUCGUUUACUUUCGACACAUUAAACUAUAAAACAACUUUUGUCUACGAUGACCUCGUCAGUCAGAACAAUUCAUAAAAUGUAAUUGUCAAUUUUAGCUCACGGUUCAUGCAAUAGGUGAAAUAUGUUGUGCAAACAAAGAAAAUCAGGAUAAAGCAAGGUACGUCAUUCAUUUUAUGGUGUAAAAAGAAGUGGCUGAGGUUAAGCCGAUCUCUGUUUGAAUCAACGGAUCGAGUCGUCAUUAUUAAAUUUCCGGUUACACUUAACCUCUCCGUUUAUUCCAACUGCCAUCUUUUUGGCUUGAGUUCCAAUGACCCUUACAUUCUACUGAAUCAUCUCACUGUAGAUAAAGCUGAAAGAAAAAGGCAUAGCAUAAAAGGAUUAAAUAAAGUAAUGAUUCUCACAGGUGGAAUGCAUUUUAAACAAUUGCAGAAAUAAGCUUAAAAAAAUUCAGGCUUUUGCUUCUAAAGUUUCCCAACUAGUGUCCAGGAGGCACGGGUUUGAAUCCCGUCAAAACAAAUGCUUAAAUUGAAGUCCACCUGUGAAGAUCAUUUCGUUACUUCAUUUUCAUUUCCACGCCAAAUGAAAUUUAUUUCAUACAAACUUGUGAUAAGAGGAUAAAUGUGCAAAGAAAUAAGAAAGUUUGUGAACUUUGAGUUCAGUCGUUAAGGUAAUAGAAAUAUUACUCGUUUUGUCUCGAGAGAAGGAAAAAGUAUAGGAACGGAGCGCGAAAUCGGAUGGUCCGCGGUUCUAUUCCUGCUGAAGCUUACGAGAAAACUAAUAUAUCUUUUUGUAUUAGAGUUGAUGCAAAUCAUUAGUCGUGGUAUGCACUUCAAAAAAUAAAUGUUUUGGUAUUUAAAAGGAACCUAUUUAUAGAGCAUAUUUAAACCAAUGCAAUGCGUUAUUGUGAGAACCUUUUAAUUUCAGAAUGUAUGGUCUUGUUGAGAAACUUACUGAGUUUCUAAGCACCACAGACAGUGAUCCAGACUUUUCUGCUCUGGUAAGGGGAACUAUUAACCUUUGCAGUUGAGUGUGAAAGUUAUCUGUUUUUGCGUUAGUUUCCCCUUACCACACACUGUGAUUGCUCGAGAAAUCUUGUCUCUUACCCAUAAAGGAAAAAAGAUUCAUUAAGUCGCAUUCAGUUUAAGUUUUUUUCUUGUUAAGCCAAUCGCGACUUGGUCUUGCGUGUUUUUUCGCGUCAAUAUUUCAUCUCCGUUUCACCAAAAUUUAUCUGCAAAGCAUGAUGAGAAAUAAUUCUUCUUAGAACUAACCCUGCUCUCUCUUGUCUUUUGUGAUAUUUCCUUGUUCUAAUUGGUUAUCGUGGUUACUUAAGUCUAUAGACACUCGAUCGCUCAGAUAAUUAUCUGAAAUCGUGCAUCGGAUAAGCUUCUAUCAGUAACUGUCGAACAAAAUCGUAGGAGUACCAGGUGAACGUCUCGGGUAGCACCUUGUACUUUUGGGUGAUUCACAACUCUCUUAGAGGGCAAAUGUAACGGUGGCGGCUCAGGGAAUAUAGGAAUCCUCUACACCAAUCAUAAAACAACCCGCAUAUGUAAAGGCUAGUAUAGUGAGGCCUUUGGAGACGUGCUGGUUGCCGGACUUUUUUUUUUUUUUUUUAUAGAAAAUUCUCCUUCAAGCUCAGCCAAACCAUAAAAUGAACCACGGACUCGCCAUCUUUUUAGCGCCAACUGUGCAUGUUCUCACAGUCGCUAAAUACAAGGGAUCUGGACCCUAAUAUAUCAGAACUAACCUGUCUGAAUGAUAUCUCAAAACAGUGGAGUUGUGGUAUAUUGUAUUUUGCGUGACAGUGUAACUUUUAUAUUCUAGAGACGUUCUACGGCUGCUUGCCUGCUGACCCUCGUGUGUGAAAAUCUGGAGAAUCAGAAGGCUCUCCUUCGCACAGACAAGCUACAAGUAAGUGACUCGACAAACAAUUGAUCUCAAUAGAACGCAAUUUAACUAUGGCGAUUCCUGAUUUUCCAAUAUUUUUUUCUAUUCCCAUAUGAUUGGCAACUUAAUUUUUUAAUUUCAAAAAGGAAAUUGAUGGAACAUGCAUUAUGCAUGUUAGUCACCCAUGCCAUUUUGUAACGUCAUACUAUAUCUCUGCGCUAAAAAUAACAAUUGGUUCAUCUGUUAGCGUGCGUUCAUCGAGAUAUGAAGCACGCGGGAAGUUUGGAGAGCACGAAAGAUGCGUAAGAGUUGCUCGAGCCGUAGCCGAGAGCAACUCUAACUUCUUGAGUGCUCUCCAAACUUCAAUUGUUUCAUAACAUUUUCAACGUGAAGGAAAUUUUUUUUCUCGAGGGAUUUGUUUGCUGACGUCAUGAGCGUGCACAAUAGGAAUAUGAAGCACGCUCGCGCAAUUGAAUUUGAUUAGACAAAGUUACUAGCUAUGUUAUAAUGAAUACCGUAAACUCCCGCUUAUAAGCACCCCCUCCCACAUUUACAAGUCCCCCCCGAUUAUUACCCCCCCCGUUUAUAUGCCCACCUCAGUAAAAACCCCUUACGAGGUUGUAUACGCUCAAGGGUUUAUGAGCGGUAACUUACGGUUCGAGAUUCGAAACGAGGUGAAAACUGACUCAUUCCCAGUCCCCACAGUGCGGGCAGUUCACAAAGUCGCCAUGGGAACGAGUGGAAAGAAAAUAAAGGGACGCGAAACGCGACUGAAAAUUACUUUUUAAGGCUUAACCACGAGUGGGAUACCUCUUUAUCAUGCAUUAAAAAUCUUCCUCUUCUCAGAUAUUUGGCCUUAGAUUAUAUGCGUUCAAAAGGAACCCUAUCCUAUUUCCUCAUCCCAUAAUUCUAUUUUCCUUCACUGUUUUCCGUACUGUGCGGAAAUGAAGACAACUAUGGACAAAUCUCACGUGACAUUUCGUCUACCGAACCGAGUUCCUCAGAUGUAGUUCAGUAAGACUGCUCUGUGUCGUGCUUUAUAUAGGACCUCUUGACCUCUGUCUCGAUGGAAAACUGGACAGCAUGGGAAGAAAAUGAAGCUGCACAACUGAUCACAUUUCUUGGACUUGAUCAAAGG